AUACUAUAGCACAGAGUAUAACUUGAGUAGCCCGACCAGAAUUUCACUACGUUAUACGUUUAGUUAUACACUACACUUGUUCAUCCAGUGUUGCAGUAACUUUUCAGUGACAUAGAUCGUUAUAGGAUUAACUAACGUGCACUAAUACUGUUUAAUAAUGGAGAUAAUUCCACGGAAUGGUAUAUUUGUGGCAAUAUUUCUGUGUAUAGGUGUUGCAAAUACGGUCGCGUAUUCAAAAUUUGGAAGAAAAUGCUCAGACAUAGGGUGUCCGAGCAACCAAGUGUGUGUACUUGUUAACGAACCAUGUACUCGCGGCAAUAAUGGUAACUGUGGAUCAUACCCAACGUGUACAAAUAAACCCGCCGGCGGUGGUGCGCACGAGGAGAGUAAGGACGUUCUUUACCCUCAAAAUUCUGCUAGUGCACCUGAACCUGGACAUUCUAACAACUCACCUGUCCCUUCUGCACCAGUGAGUCUACCAAAUCAGCCAUCAAAGCCCUCUGGAUAUCCUACCGGUUCUGUUUAUCCACCUAAUCCGUCAGGAGGUGCUAGUUAUCCAAGUUACUCAUCAUCAGCUCCCAGUUAUCCGUCAUCAGGUUCUAGUUACCCAAGCUAUCCAUCAUCAGGUUCUAGUUAUCCAAGCUAUCCAUCAUCAGGUUCUAGUUAUCCAAGUUAUCCAUCAUCAGGUUCUAGUUAUCCAAAUUAUCCAUCUUCAGGUUCUGGUUAUCCAGCAGAUGCCACCAGGAAACAAAACAUGGGUACUGUUAACGCAGGUUAUCCUAGUACUGGUCAACCUGCUCAGUAUCCUGCUGGCGGAAGUUACUAUCCUCAAGGUGGAUAUCCCCAGAGUAAUUACCCACAAUCUGGCUACCCUCAAAAUUCCUAUCAAGGCCAAUAUCCCCAAAAUCCAUAUCCAGGCCAGUAUCCCCAAAAUCCAUAUCAAGGACAGUAUCCUCAGCAACCUCAGAAACCAAAAAAGCCUAGUUUCACUGAUCAAUUGACGAAUUUUGCUAAAAAUAUUGCAACGCGUGUUUUAACUCAAGCUGUUGUUGAUAAAGUAUCAGGUUAACUUUAAUUAAUUUAAUUAAAAUGAUUAUUAUAAUAAUAUAUAUAGAUAUGUGUAUGGAAAAAAUUUCUGCUGACUGUAUUUAU